GGCAGAAAGCAGAUUGCAAUAUUGGCCAAAACGGAAGAUGGGAAAAAUCUUAUGCUUACAGCUAAGGAAGUUGUAAUAUUCUAAUGCUAUUUAACUUUUGGAGGCUUGCUACUGCUCGAUGCUCGAAGGCAAAACACUUCAAGCAAGAUAGCUAUCAGUCCCUCUUUCCCCUGGAUACUUGGCUAUGUAAAGUCUUUCAGGCAGCGGUUCUUCAACUUGCAAUAAAGGGUGACCGUCAAUCAAAUCCGCUGACUUUCUCUGAUGGCUCUAAGCAUCUUUGUGAUUCUGGUAGUGUCCACCCAGAUGACGCAGUCUAGCCAGCAACCCACUGGAGUUGAUGGUACGGCAGAUUCAAACAACGAUCACCGUCAUUGUGAUUCGAUUCCAGUUUCAGUGGCUGUUCUUCCAUGGCCGCCUUAUGUUGGGAACGUCUCAAAUGAUUUUCAAUCAAAAGUCAUCCAACAGCUACGUGAUGAGAUAAUUCAACGGAGCCUUAAAAACCCAAUCACGUUUCGUAAAACGUCAAGCGAAAGUGAGCUCAAAAAACUAUUUAAGGCCAACCAAACUGAUAUUGGUUUUCCUUUGAUCGGACGGUAUGGUUCGGCUCCAAGUGAGGUCAUUGGAGAUCACCCAGGACUGGAAUUCCUUGUAGCACCACAAACCCCAAGCCCAGGAGAAGUGUGUAUGAACACGUUGCGGGAGUCUUGGCCUUUGUUAGCUUUGUCACUGAUCCUAUCUGGAAUGGCAGGGAUACUGAUCUGGUUGAUGGAAGUGAUUGGCAACCGAAAAGAGUUUCCGAGGUCUUUUGCCAGAGGACCAUGGGAAGGUUUUUGGUGGGCUUUCAUCUCUAUGACAACCGUGGGAUACGGAGAUAAAUGUCCUCGUUCAGUAGCAGGGCGCUGUUUUGCUAUUAUUUGGAUCUUUGCCGGUCUCAUCCUGGUUGCUGUGUUCAUGGCCAACGUGACAACAGCUCUCACGUCUGUCUCCAUCAAACCAGAAUACAAGCUAAGCGAGACAGAGGUUGGUGUGGUAUCAAAAAGCCUUGAAGAGGAACUUGCCAGAAAUAAUAAUGCAGAAGUAAAAGUAUUUAAGAAUUACGACGAGCUUAUGACUGCAUUCCGUCACCAACGCAUACCAGGAAUUGUCAUUGAUCGCUACACCGCUGGGGUACGCCUCGAGAACGAGACGGGCCCCUUUCGUCAACACAUUCUUCAGGGCAAGCAUUUUUCGCUCCGCAACAAGUACCAAUUGAUUGCCAAUAUAUCUUCGAAUUUUGAAAAGAUCAUAAAUGAUGAAUGCGACGACUACAACUACGAACAAAUCUUAGAAUGCAUCGAGGAAGUCAUGACCAAACAUUUACUUGAAAGGAAAAUACAG